CUCUGGCGCUAUGUCAGGUUCCUACGACACAUCCAGCUAUGGCUCCAGCGUAAGCCCAUCCCUCUCCCCCAAGAUCCAAAGUACAAGCCCCAAGAUGCCACCGUACUGAUCCCGACAAUCUGCGACAACACCGAGAUGCUGGAAGUCACCAUCCAAAAAUGCGCCCUCUCCAGACCCUCCCAGAUCAUCCUCGUCGGCGUGACAAACCGCAAAGUCCUCGACCCCCUCGUGGAAAAGUACGUCGACGAGUUUCGCGAUCACUACGGCACCAGCCUCAAAGUCCUAUACAGCAAGGAAGCCAACAAACGCAAACAAGUCGCCAUCGGCAUCAAGCAGAUCGCAUCUUCCAUCACCGUCCUCGUCGACGACGACGUCAUCUGGCCCGACCGCCUCCUCCACCACCUCCUCGCGCCCCUAGACAACCCCACCGUCGGCGCCGCCGGCACCCUCCAACAAGUCCAGCUCCGGCCCGGCCUGACGCUCCCCGAGCAACUCUUCGAAAUCCUGGGCUCAUUCUACAUCCAGCGCCGCAACGUCGAAAUCACCGCCACCACCGCCAUCGACGGCGGCACAUCCUGUCUCUCCGGCCGCACCGCCGCCGUCCGCACCGGCAUCCUCGCCGACCCCGCCUUUCUCGCCGGCUACACGGCCGAGACCUGGCGCGGGCGCAUCCUCAGGGCCGACGACGACAACUUCGUUACGCGCUGGCUGUAUAAGCGCGGGUGGCAGAUUCGCGUCCAGGUUGCGCCCGAGGCCGUCGUCAGGACGUAUCAGGAGGUGUCGCCUAGGUUUCUGAAGCAGUGUUUGCGCUGGGUACGGAGCACGUGGCGGAGCAAUUAUACGACGUUGGUGUAUGAUGGUGAUGUCUGGAUGAAACAGCCCUGGUCGACAUACGCGCUGUACACUCAAGUCCCCUUUCCAUCCAUCCUCAUCGACCCGCUCCUCCUCUGGCUCCUCCUCGGCGCAACGUCCCCAUCCACCGGCACCUACACCACAAGCACAGUCUUCCUCCUCUGGCUCGCCCUCACCAAAACGGCUAAAUUCACACCCCUCUACCGCCGCCACCCCAGAUGGCUCCUCUUCCUCCCUGCAACGCUGCUCUUCGGCUAUGUCCAUGCCUUUAUCCGGUUCUAUGCUCUGUGCACGCUGUCUGAUACGGGCUGGGCGAGCAGGCCGCUUAUUGAUGCGCCG